AUGUUUCAUAAACAACCAAUUAUUGGAGAUUUAAUAAACAAUCAUGUUAAUUAAGUCAACUAACUUAUUAUACAAAAAGAAGAGUAAUGUUAUCAAAAUUCAAAAAAUAUGUAAGCUUUUGCUGAUUGCAUGUUAACUAAAGAGAAGAGGAUUUAGAAAUUAAAAAUGAAAUCAGAUAUAUUUCUUCGAUUUUGUGAAUUGAAAUAUGAGGAUUGUCUGUAAGAAAAAGAAGAAUAGAGCUGCAUAAAAAGAAUGAAUAACAUUUUUGAUGAUUUUAAUUAUCAGAUGAAAUAUGAAAAUGUCUAGAAAUUAUGA